AAAAUUAGCUAAAUGUCUCUUUCUUCAAAAAAAAAAAAUACAUAUUUUUUAAUUUUUGAAUAUUAAGGGCUUAUAUUUUAGCCGACAAUAAGCCGUUUGGGUACCUAAAAUUUAGGGGAAAAAAGCUUCAGGUGGUCUUACGUUCCUACGUAGCAAGUAAGAGUUAAAACGGGAAAGUCGAUAAAGUCUCAAAAUACAGUUCCUGCAUGAGUUGACGUUGUGGAAAGUAGUCAGAAAAUGACUUCCAUGGCGAGAAUAUUAGGAGGGUAUAUAACCGAAAAUCCCUUUCAGCCGCAUGGUGCCUGCAGCUGCUCCCCCCUGAAAUAUACCCACAUCGACGUUGCUCCCCACAUCCCGAGGCCACACGACCUUCCCUACAGCGGCAAUCCGGUCCUGGCACUUGCCUACUGCUACCUUAUCCAAGGCAAAUGCCUGACUAUCAGAAACGAUCUACCCUUCGAGAUGCAGUACGUGUGCGAAGCCGACUGCAAACCAGUCUGCAUCCCCCCUUGCCAGCCGUACGCCGUACCCUGUGAUCCUUGCUGCGCCCCCAAUCCGCCUCCCGCUCAAUGCUCCCAACCCGAGGACGGGGAUCGAUCUCCACAGCAUCCCUAUGAUUCCGGCUGUCCGGCACCCUGUCAACCCUGUGAUCCCUGCUGUCAAGUACUUCCACCCCAGCCUCCAGGUUCAGGAGACCAGUGUCCAACUGCCGAACAGAAUUGCGUUAUGGAACCUACGUACAAGCCGAACGUCAAGCGGAAUGGUCUUAACUCUUGCACUUAGAGGAACUUCGUAUAGCUGUCUCUUGCGGUUUGAGAAAACGAAAUGGAAUUAUAAAAAUUCUAAUAAGUCAGAAUAAAGGAUGAACAUUUAUUC